AGACAAUAAUACUAGUUUGAACAUAUAUAGAACUUGAAUUCCAAUCUCCCAUGAUCACCAUGGAUCUUUAUACUUUUAUCCAACUAAUUGAAGGGGUCUUAGCUUUCCUGCUGGUUCUAUAUGUUUUCUCGAGAAAUAUAUCAAAAUAUUCUAAGAAAAGUUGUAUCCCCGAACCAUCUGGCUCAUGGCCACUAAUUGGUCACCUCCAUCUCCUAGGUGGGAAAGAAACACUAUGCAAGAAGCUAGGAGCUAUGGCUGACAAAUAUGGCCCACUCUACUCACUCAAGCUCGGUAGCCGUCGAGUGUUGGUGGUGAGCAGUUGGGAAAUUGCCAAGGAUUGCUUGAUCAACAAUGACAGAACACUGGCUACGCGAGCAAAUAUCGCAGCUGGGAGGCAUAUAGGCUACAACAACGCCAUUUUGGCACUUGCCCCAUACGGAGAAUAUUGGCGUAAUAUCCGCAAGAUUGCCACGAUUGAGCUUCUUUCAAGCCAUCGUCUUGAGAAGCUGAAGCACAUUCGUUUCUCCGAAAUGGACUUGUUUAUCAAAGAGUUGUUCGGACUUUGUGCACAAAAUAGAGCUGAUAAUUGCGCCCAAGUGACUAUGAACGAGGUGUUGGAACGCUUGACUUUCAACAUAAACCUAAGGAUGCUCGUUGGAAAGCGAUUUUCUAGUAGCACUUACGCUCAAGUAAAUAGUGAGCCAUGGCGGUACGAAAAAGCCAUAAAACAAGCUGUGUAUCUCUUCGGGAUUUUCGUCUUGGCAGAUGCUCUGCCGUACCUUGAAUGGAUGGAUAUUCAAGGGCAUGUGCGUUCCAUGAAGAAGACAGCAAAGGAACUUAACUCGGUAAUCAGUGUUUGGCUGGAGGACCAUCUUAGGAGAAAAAAGGAGAGCCAGAGUACCUGUGAAAGUGACUUCAUGGACGUGAUGUUAGCGAACUUGCCAGAGGACGCUGUAAUUUCAGGGCAUACCCGCGAUACUAUUGUGAAGGCAACAACCUUGAUUCUUACCCUGACUGGAGGAGAAAGCACAUCUGUGACAAUAACGUGGGUACUCUCUUUACUAUUGAAUCAUCCAAGCGUGCUAAAGGCAGCACAAGAAGAGUUGGACCUCCACGUUGGAAGAGAUAGGUGGGUUGAAGAAUCAGAUAUUAAGAACCUGAAAUACCUACAAGCCAUUGUCAAGGAAACUCUGCGCUUGUACCCACCAGGUCCCAUAACUGGAAUCCGUGAGGCCACGGAAGAUUGUUGCAUUGCUGGGUAUCAUGUCCCUAAGGGCACCCGUUUGAUCAUCAACCUUUGGAAAUUGCAGCGAGACCCAAGAGUUUGGGAAAACCCCGGCGAGUUCCAACCGGAAAGGUUUAUGACAACUCAUGCUCAUUUUGAUGUUAGGGGUCAAAAUUUCGAGUUCAUUCCAUUUAGCUCCGGUAGAAGAUCAUGCCCUGCAAUAACCUUCGGCUUGCAAGUUGUUCACUUGACACUGGGGAAACUGCUUCAGGGAUUUGACAUUAGAACACCGGAUGGCAAGUCAGUGGACAUGGCCGAAGGCUUGGGCCUUGCCUUGCCCAAGCUGAAUCCUCUUGAAGUUGUCCUCACCCCACGCCUUUCGGAGGAGUUUUAUAAGUGCCUUUAAGGCAUAAUAAAUUUGAGAUUUAGAACGUUGAUAAUUAAUAAUCAAGGGCCUUUGCUUAGUGGUCGUAUCCCACCCUUUUAAUGGAUUGGGUAUCUAUAUAUCAGGCCUAUAAUACAAUCUUUAUGUUCUACUCCCAAAGGGGUGAUAUACCCUUAGCUCUAAUUUGUGUAAGGGAAAAAAUAAAUUUUAAAUUAAUAGAGGAUAUGAAUCCUUACUAUUAAAAAUAAUAUGAACCCUUUAUUAAUGGUUUCUAUGGAUGGAAUUUCAUAAUUAGAUUUUUAAAAAAUUG